AGAUUUCAGUGUAUUAGGUGUGCGCAUCAAGAGCGUCGGUGUAACAUCCGUAAUCCCAACACCAACAGAAAUAUUGAGUGUUUGAGUCAAAAUGCCCCAGACGAAUAAGGCCAGAACUUCCGGUGGAUCUGCCGGUGAAGUGUCCGGUCCAGAGUGCGGAGAGCCUCCACCGGCUCGAGCCGGAGAAGCGGAUCAGAGUGACCCUGUAAUAGUCAAAUCACCAAGCGACCCCAAAAAAUACAGGUACAUAGAGCUGAGCAAUGGACUCAAAGCACUGCUCAUAUCAGACCUCACCCAGUCAGAGAGUAACAGAGAGCCAGUUGCCAAAGAGGAGGAAGACUCCGGUGAGGAAGAGGAUGGUGACAGUGAGAGCACUAAUGAAGACAGCAACUGUGUGAAUAAAUGCAGUGAAGGGGUGAAGAAGAAUUGCCGUUCAGAGAAACAGUCCGCAGCUGCGCUCUGUAUCAGCGUGGGAAGCUUCAGUGACCCUGCCGAUCUACCUGGUCUCGCCCAUUUCCUCGAGCACAUGGUCUUUAUGGGCAGCGAGAAGUACCCGGCCGAAAAUGGCUUCGAUGCUUUCCUGAAAAAACAUGGAGGAAGUGACAACGCUUCCACAGACUGUGAGCGGACCAUCUUCAAGUUUGAUGUUCAAAGAAAGUACCUCAGAGAAGCACUGGAUCGGUGGGUGCAGUUUUUCAUUGGUCCCCUGAUGAUUCCUGAUGCAGUUGACAGGGAGGUGGAGGCCGUAGACAGCGAGUACCAGAUGGCCCAGCCAUUAGACUCUAAUCGCAAAGAGAUGCUGUUUGGAGGUCUAGCAAAAGCUGGUCACCCGAUGAGCAAGUUCUUCUGGGGAAAUGCUCAGACACUGAAAAACGAACCCAGAGAGAAGAAUAUCGACACUUAUGAGCGUCUGAGAGAGUUCUGGAGGAGGUAUUACUCUGCUCAUUAUAUGACGCUCGCAGUGCAGUCCAAAGAGACACUUGAUAACCUGGAAGAAUGGGUGCGAGCGAUCUGCAUUAAGAUCCCAAACAAUGGCCAGCCACGGGCAGAUUUUUCAGACCUUCAGGAUCCAUUUGAUACUCCAGAUUUCAACAAGCUUUACAGAGUGGUGCCUGUGCGAAAGAUUCAUGCGCUGACCAUCAGCUGGGCUCUUCCACCUCAGGACAAACAUUACAGAGUGAAACCCCUGCAUUACAUUUCCUGGCUGAUUGGUCAUGAAGGAGCUGGAAGUGUACUGUCUUUACUCAGAAAGAAGUGCUGGGCUCUGGCUCUGUUUGGAGGAAACAGUGAGUCGGGUUUCGAUCAGAACACCACCUACUCCAUCUUCAGCGUUUCAAUCACCUUGAGUGACGAGGGCUUCCAGAACUUCUUCCAGGUCAUUCAUAUAGUAUUCCAGUAUCUGAAGAUGCUUCAGUCCGUCGGACCUCAACAGAGGAUCUAUGAAGAAAUCCAGAAGAUUGAAGCCAAUGAGUUUCACUAUCAGGAGCAGAUGGAACCAAUUGAGUUUGUGGCGAACAUUUGUGAAAACAUGCAACUUUUCCCAAAAGAGGACUUCCUGCGUGGAGACCAGCUGAUGUUUGAAUACAACCCAGAGGUCAUCUCAGCUCCUUUGACACUCUUGACUCCAGCAACAGCCAAUAUAUUACUGCUGUCACCCGAGCAUGAUGGGCGCUGUCCUCUAAACGAGAAGUGGUUUGGGACGCAGUACAGUGUUGAAGGUAAUCCACCACCACAAAGGAUCUGGGAAAAUCUGGUCCUGUUUGAUCUCUUUGUGAAUAUUCUGGCUCAUAAUCUGGCGGAGCCGGCAUACGAUGCUGAUGUUGCUCAACUGGAGUAUAUGUUAUUUCCUGGAGACCACGGCUUGUUCAUCAGACUCAAAGGAUUCAAUCACAAACUGCCUUUGCUUCUGAACCUGAUCGUAGACCACCUGGCCAACUUUAGCACCGCUCCAAAUGUGUUCAGCAUGUACAUUGAGCAGCUGAAGAAAACCUACUACAUCAUCCUCAUUAAGCCAGAUCGACUUGGAAGAGAUGUUCGACUGCAGAUCCUGGAGCACCAUCGCUGGUCUGUGAUGCAGAAGUAUGAAGCUAUCAUGGCCGACCUCGGUGUGACUGAUCUCAUGGACUUUGUGAAUCGAUUCAAGGCCGAGUUAUUUGUGGAAGGACUCAUACAAGGGAACUUCACAAGUGCUGAAUCCAAGGAAUUUCUACAGUAUUUUAUAGAGAAACUUCAGUAUAAAGCUCCUCCAGCUGAACCUCCUGUCCUGUUCCGAGUGGUGGAGUUGCCACAGACGCACCACUUAUGUAAAGUCCAGUCGCUCAAUAAAGCCGACGCUAACUCCGAAGUCACAGUAUACUAUCAGACAGGGCUGAAGAACUUGCGGGAACAUACACUGAUGGAGCUGCUCGUGAUGCACAUGGAAGAACCCUGCUUUGAUUUCCUGAGGACAAAGGAAACUUUAGGGUAUCAAGUGUACCCAUCCUGCAGAAACACCUCCGGUGUCCUUGGUUUCUCAGUUACCGUUGAGACUCAGGCCACCAAGUUCAGCACUGACUUUGUGGAAGGAAAAAUCGAAGCUUUUCUAGUCAGCUUUGGGGAGAAGAUGGUUAACUUGUCAGAUGAGGCUUUUCAAACUCAAGUGACAGCGCUGAUCAAGUUGAAGGAGUGUGAAGACACGCAGCUCGGGGAAGAAGUGGACAGGAACUGGUUUGAAGUGGUCACGCAGCAGUAUGUCUUUGACAGGCUCAAUAAAGAAAUUGAAGUCCUGAAGAAUGUCACCAAAGAUGAACUGGUAUCUUUUUUCAUGGAGCACAGACACGCCAGCAGUAGAAAACUAAGUAUACAUGUGGUUGGAUUCGGAGAGAAAGAGAAGGAAACCCAUGGAGAUGAUCAGUCCAGUUCAUCCCCAGAGUCUCAGGAUACCGAAAGGAAGACUUCCUCAUACGGAGAUGUGUCCGAGCUCAUCUUCCUGCCUGCCUCGCCUGUCCUCGCCAAAGCCAGCAGGAUAACAGACAUCCGCGCGUUCACGUCUUCCCUCAACCUGCACCCCUACCACAAGAUCCUCCAGUGAGACUGAAGAGCACUGAAGAGCCGGCUACUUCCAGAUGAAGCUCUGCAAAAACACUCUUAUCUGUCUCUGACGUUUGUAAUCACACAAAAAUACAAGUGGAUAUUGUAUUCAGUCAAGUGACACAUAGGAACUGUUGUUUAAGUAAUCCAGUCUUCCAUGUAUUCCAAGUUUUUCAUGUAGAGGACAAAAAUCUAAAUAACAUAUAAAUGUAUUAGAUUAUCAGGGAUAAUGUGCAUAUCAUUAAAAUAUAUACAUUGAAUAAAUCAGAUAUACAGUAUAUAUGAAAAUAAGUGGUUGCUGGAAAUCAUUUUUUUAAGGUAAAUGUGUUUUAUCUUGAAUUCUCAUUGUGAAUAAAAAUUUGGAGAUGUGGACACAAAGCCUUGUACCU